GAGAAAGGAAAGAAGGAGUUUGGAAGGCUUAUAAAUCGGUGACGGUUUCGGUUUGCUUUUCUCUCUCAUUCGCUCUAUCUCAUACAUCAGCGAUCUUCACGUGCCUCUCUCUCUCCGUUUUCUCUCUUCUCUUUUUCCGUUUCUGUUCUCUUUUUCUCUUUGUUUACCUCUGAGAUUUUUGUUUGUUUCUGGGAAAGUUCGUCGGCUGUUUUGUUUUAUCUGAGUCUUCUUUGACGGUGGGUGGUGGUUAUUUAUACAAGACUCUCUUCAGGCACUCUCAUUUGUGUUUACACUGGGAGAUUCAGAAACGAAUAGAGAAAGAGAAAAGAGAGAGAAAUGGAGGGAGAGAAGCAAGGUGGUUCAUCAUCCUCAUCAUCGUCUUUCACUUCUGACCUUUUUGGUUCAAAGGAUUCCCCUAAUUCAUUAUCUUCGGGGAUUUUCGGGUCAAUCUUUCCUCCUCCUUCCAAGGUGUUGGGGAGGGAGUCUUUGAGGUCCGAGGCAGUUGAGAAAAAGCAAGACUCUGCAUAUCAUGACUGGAACACCAAGUCUGGAGCUCCAGACACUAUCCCUCGGAGCAAUGAAGGUGAAAGUCAGAGCAUGCCAAAUAAGGACUCGAGUUUGUUCUAUCAGGACGAAAAAGUACAGCCAUGUCAUCUCAGCUCGUCAAUAUACUAUGGUGGCCAAGAUGUCUAUUCUCGGCCACAAAAUACUCAGAAACCUGGGUACUCAAAUUUAAAUAAAGACAAAGGAGAAGAUGACUCUGGCAGUGCUUCAAGAGGAAACUGGUGGCAAGGUUCUCUCUAUUACUAAGAGCUCACCAACCAUGGCAUGUGAAUUUUCCAUAUAUUUAUCCAGGUAU